GGCUCCGGCCACCCCUGGAUGAGCACCAUGAGGCUGCUGCUGCUCGCCCUCCUCUUCUCCUCCUCCUUCGCCCGAGCCGGCUGCGACCCCAAGAUCGUCAACAUCGGCGCGGUGCUGAGCACCAAGAAGCACGAGCAGAUCUUCCGCGAGGCGGUGAACCAAGCCAACAAGCGGCACGGCACCUGGAAGCUGCAGCUCAACGCCACCUCGGUCACGCACAAGCCCAACGCCAUCCAGAUGGCCCUCUCCGUCUGCGAGGACCUCAUCUCCAGCCAGGUCUAUGCAAUAUUAGUUAGCCACCCUCCUGCUCCCAACGAUCACCUCACACCAACACCCGUAUCAUACACAGCUGGCUUCUACCGGAUCCCAGUCAUUGGUCUGACAACACGCAUGUCUAUCUAUUCUGAUAAGAGCAUCCACCUGUCCUUCUUGCGCACAGUCCCACCAUACUCUCACCAGGCCAACGUCUGGUUUGAGAUGAUGAGAGUCUUCAACUGGAACCACGUCAUUCUGAUAGUCAGCGACGACCACGAGGGUCGUGCUGCACAGAAGAAGCUGGAGACCCUCUUGGAGGAGAGAGAGUCCAAGAGUAAAAAAAGGAACUAUGAAAACCUCGACCAACUUUCCUAUGACAACAAGCGAGGACCCAAGGCUGAGAAAGUGCUUCAGUUUGACCCUGGAACCAAAAACGUGACAUCGCUGCUGCUGGAGGCCAAGGAGCUGGAGGCUCGUGUCAUCAUCCUUUCUGCCAGUGAGGACGAUGCAGCCACGGUGUACCGGUCAGCAGCCGUGCUCAACAUGACGGGCUCCGGCUACGUCUGGCUGGUGGGGGAGCGGGAGAUCUCGGGCAAUGCCCUGCGAUACGCCCCUGAUGGAGUCAUCGGUUUGCAGCUCAUCAACGGGAAGAACGAGUCAGCCCACAUCAGCGACGCCGUGGCCGUGGUGGCACAGGCUGUGCACGACCUGUUUGAGAAGGAGAACAUCACAGACCCACCACGGGGCUGCGUGGGCAACACCAACAUCUGGAAGACAGGACCCCUUUUCAAGAGGGUGCUGAUGUCCUCCAAGUACUCUGAGGGUGUCACUGGACGGGUGGAGUUCAAUGAAGAUGGGGACAGGAAGUUUGCCAACUACAGCAUCAUGAACCUGCAGAAUCGGAAACUGGUCCAAGUUGGGAUUUACAAUGGCAGCCACGUCUUGACCAACGACCGGAAGAUCAUCUGGCCAGGGGGAGAAACUGAGAAACCUCAAGGCUAUCAGAUGUCAACCAAGUUGAAGAUCGUGACAAUCCACCAAGAGCCCUUUGUGUAUGUGAAGCCCACGCAAGCAGAUGGGACAUGCAGGGAGGAAUUCACCAUCAAUGGAGAUCCUGUGAAAAAGGUCUUUUGCACUGGACCCAAUGAGACCAUCCCAGGCCGCCCCACCGUGGCUCUGUGCUGCUACGGCUUCUGCAUCGACCUGCUCAUCCGGCUGGCAGGAGUGAUGAACUUCACCUAUGAGGUUCACCUGGUGGCUGAUGGUAAAUUUGGUACCCAAGAGCGGGUUAACAACAGCAACAAGAAGGAGUGGAACGGAAUGAUGGGAGAGCUGCUGAGUGGCCAAGCUGACAUGAUCGUGGCUCCCCUCACCAUCAACAACGAGCGGGCGCAGUACAUUGAGUUCUCCAAGCCCUUCAAGUACCAGGGACUCACCAUCCUUGUGAAGAAGGAAAUCCCCCGCAGCACCCUGGACUCGUUCAUGCAGCCUUUCCAGAGCACACUGUGGCUGCUGGUGGGACUGUCCGUGCACGUGGUGGCUGUGAUGUUGUACCUCCUAGACAGAUUCAGCCCAUUUGGGCGGUUCAAAGUGAACAGUGAGGAGGAGGAGGAAGAUGCCCUGACCCUGUCCUCAGCCAUGUGGUUCUCCUGGGGAGUCCUGCUGAACUCUGGCAUUGGAGAAGGUGCUCCCCGGAGCUUCUCUGCCCGUAUUCUUGGCAUGGUGUGGGCUGGCUUCGCCAUGAUCAUUGUGGCUUCAUACACUGCCAACCUGGCAGCCUUCCUGGUGUUGGACAGGCCUGAGGAGAGAAUUACGGGCAUCAAUGACCCCCGGCUGCGCAACCCCUCGGAUAAGUUCAUCUAUGCCACGGUGAAGCAGAGCUCAGUGGACAUCUACUUCAGACGGCAGGUGGAGCUGAGCACCAUGUACCGGCACAUGGAGAAGCACAACUACGAGAGCGCUGCCGAAGCCAUCCAGGCAGUGAGGGACAACAAGCUCCACGCCUUCAUCUGGGACUCGGCAGUGCUGGAGUUUGAAGCCUCCCAGAAGUGUGACCUGGUGACAACAGGGGAGCUUUUCUUCCGCUCUGGCUUUGGGAUCGGGAUGCGCAAGGACAGCCCAUGGAAGCAGAACGUCUCUCUGGCCAUCCUCAAGUCCCAUGAGAACGGCUUCAUGGAGGAUUUGGACAAGACUUGGGUGAGGUAUCAGGAGUGUGAUUCCCGUAGCAAUGCCCCAGCAACACUCACCUUUGAAAAUAUGGCAGGUGUGUUUAUGCUGGUGGCUGGAGGUAUUGUUGCCGGGAUAUUUUUAAUAUUCAUAGAAAUAGCUUACAAAAGGCAUAAGGACGCGCGGAGGAAGCAGAUGCAGCUGGCGUUUGCGGCCGUUAAUGUGUGGAGGAAAAACCUGCAGGAUAGAAAAAGUGGUAGAGCAGAACCUGACCCUAAAAAGAAAGCCACUUUUAGGUCCAUCACCUCUACCCUGGCCUCCAGCUUCAAGAGACGUAGGUCCUCCAAGGAUACGCAGUAUCAUCCCACCGACAUUACUGGCCAGCUCAACCUCUCUGACCCCUCAGUCAGCACUGUGGUGUGACCUUCUCCCCGAGGGCCAUCAGUCCUUGCCCAACACAGUAGGAAGGCACAGCCAGGACUGCCUUUCCAGGGACACUGAUGGGUUCUUCUGGGUGAGAUGGGAGAAAAACAUCCUUCAUCCAUACACGGUGACUUCAUUGUAUAUCUCCCUCCCUUCCCAGGCCUGCUGCCACUCCCAUGCCCCAGGACACACGGCAGAACCAGGACACGGUUUGGACUUCCCUGUACAGAGAUAACUGCUUCCAACCAGUGCUGUUGAUAACUGGUAUUGCCACUGACUGGUGACGUGCAAGGGGAAAGGACUUUGAAAGGCACAUAGUGUCUGCUCUCCCACAGCAGCGGGGAAGAGCUGGGGCCAGAAUACAAACACAUGCUUCACUUUGCAGACUUCAGGCAUUGCAGCACACACACAGCUCCUCAGACAUGUGCUUCACGUCUCCCACCAUCCCGGAGGGCUCCAGUGGUCCGAAGCAGCUGGAGCAGCUGGCACGGCUCAGCAGGUUGGGCCAAAUGUUCCUGCUGUGCCAAGGGACCCUUGUUGUGCAGCAGGGAUGAAAGGUGUGUGCUCUCCUCCUCACAGGAUGGACCUCACUCCCACCAGCCCGUGGCUGUGGCUUGGCUCCUCUGUGUGGCCUGUGUGAAGCAGGAGUCCUCCCAGCCCUGCAGCCCACACUCCUCUGCUAAACCUGGUGCCUGGACCUCAUUAACAGGCUGUCAGCCAACACCCUGGCUUCCCACCUCUCCUGAUAAAAGACAUCCCCAGGACCUGGCCAUGGGCAGCAUGUAGCUCUCUCACCCUCACUGUGGCUCUCCUGGCCAGGAACAGCACGACAGGGAACGGCUCUGGAUGGUUGCACUGACCUUCAGCCAAGCUCCACACUGCCUCAGCACCAGCAAUGCAAGGAGAGAUGCUGCUGGCCAGUAGUGGUUUGCUGUGUGCUGUGGUGGCCACAGUGGCCACCCAGCCUGCCCACAACAGGCCCUGGCAGCUUCCCUGCCAUGUGCACCUGCAGCUCAAGCUCAGCAGCAGCUCCCACGGCAGCCCUGAAGACCUAGCUCAUGUGGCUGCAUCUGCCCAGACCUGGAGACAUGGAAACUGGAUCCCAGUUCAGGAGAAGGGAACCAAACAAGACAUGCUGGUGCCCUUCCUCCCCACACCUUCCUCCCCACCAGCACACAUGCCCACCUGCCAGUGUCCCCAAGCCCCCUCCCCAUGGGUGCUGUGAGCAAGUGUGGAGGCACCAGCCAGGCUGGUGAUGAGCAGCAGAGCAUGGGCAGCAUCACUUCCCACCUCCUGCUAAGGUGGAAAACCCACCUGCAACGUAGUACCAAGCCCCAGUGGCAUGAACUGCCUUCUCCUUGCCCCAGCUGAGCAGAGGGGGCUUCCCUGGAGGGUUGACAGCCCUCACAGGCAGGAUUUUCAGGUGGCAGCUAAGGUCUGUGAGCAUCAUCCCACUGACUGCAGUGGCUCCAUCAAGUUCAUCCUGCUCCAGCUGAGAAAUUGGACCCAUUCUACUUUAUACGUCAAUGUAACAUGAAUAUCAAGUUUUUGCAAGAGCUCAGUAAAGUCUAAACUGGAUUGUGAAGUGGUUUA